AUGUCGGAUGAGUCCAGAGCCAUACUCAAGGCUCUACAGCCCGUCCUAACUCGAUUAAGUGAGAAUCCUUAUCCUUCGGUGCCCACCCCAGAAGGCUGCAAGAAGCGAGCCAGUGUCGCCGCCAUUAUCCGAGUCCGGCCUGCGUUUCAGCCGGUCCCCCCCGCCAAUGGCUCGGUUAUAAACGUCAGCACACCUUCCUCACCCCCUUCCACUAUCGAGGAGUUCUUCUCCCAAGACUGGGUCCAGGAAGGAGACCCGGAACUACUCUUCAUCAAGCGCGCCGGCCGCCCUGGUGACAGAUGGUCCGGCCACACUGCUCUGCCUGGGGGAAAGAGGGACCCAGAAGAUGCAGACGACCUGGCCGCUGCGAUACGUGAGACCAGGGAAGAGAUAGGUCUGGACCUAGAUACGGUGGACUGCCUCCGCGCAGGCAACCUACCUGAGAGACUGGUCACAACGACGUGGGGGAAAGAUACCCUCAUGGUACUAUGCCCAUACAUCUUCCUCCUCACUGGGAAAACAGUAGCAGCCCUACAACCGCAGCCAACCGAAGUGGCAGCCGUGCACUGGGUCCCGCUCCGAGGAUUACUCUCGACCACUCUUCGCACGCGAGAGUUCGUAGACAUUUCAAGUCGCAUGGCCAAGCAUGUCGGGCCUGUUAUCCACAAAAUCCUCCGCGCCACGAUGGGGAAGAUGAUGUUUAGCGCCGUAAAACUCGUGCCAUCGGAGUCAGUCUAUGCCUCCUCGAUCGCUGGCUUUAUUCCGACCGAGGGUGGGGACAACUAUGGCACAGUCUCUGGCUGGGCUCAAGCACCAUACGGUGUCCCCGAGUCGUCCAAGUCGCUGGCUUUCCAGCAACCGAUUCUCCUCUGGGGCCUCACUCUGGGUGUCCUGGCUGACUUCCUGGACCAGCUGCCGCCAUACAACGCAGUCCAGCUAUGGAAGUACCCAACCUUCACCGUCCCGGACCUGCGUUUCUUAGUCUAUCUUUUCACACGGAAUCUAAGGAGGAACACCGCCGAGCCAUUAUCGUCUGGCUCCUGGCCCAACCAGACAGCCAUCGACUCCACUACGGAAGCCGUUCCUGUCGUGUCCACCGAUGACACCGUACCCACCGUCUCCGAGGCAGAGCCCAUCCGCCUCGCACGUCGCGAAUCUUUAGAUAAGCACCGCGUCGGGAUCGGCGGCUUGGGCGUAGGCCCGGACCCUAACCAUGCUUUGGGGAGAAUGCUAGCGGGAUAUUACGAAAGGGUCAACGUCGCAAUUGCAGUAUUCCUCGUUUAUCGCACAUUUGCUACAGCCGGUAUGGCGUACUACGCAUAUAAAUUUCUAAAGGCGCGCAGGCAGGCGAAUCUGUGA